UCAAAAGUCAAAAUAUGUUUAAAGUAUUUCUCCAGUUCCUUGUGCUUCCUUAUUAUUGUGAGGAAUUCGACUACUGAUUCUACUCGCCAUCUACUCUACUUCACUGACUAUUUUUAACUGAAAAUGUAGCGAAGAAUGUUCAAGCUCAACAAUUAAUUCUUCAUAGUUUUUUAUAUAUAUAAACAUAUCAUGGAUAUUGGAGAGGAAUAUCCAAAAGUUCUCACUAAUGUAACAUGUAAAACAGAACCAGAAAAUGAUUCAAAUCUAAUAUUUUUUCAAAGCAACUUAGAAGAUGAACCAUCAGAAGGUAAUGUAGAAACGCUUAUAAUAGAAGUAGUUGAAGAUGAGGAUUAUUCCCAGACUUCAUCGCAUACAAUAUCUGAACCAAACAUAACAUCAAAACACAACCUGAUAGGACCUUCCUUCAUCAAAAAUGAACCUCCUGGAGAGAUCACACCUGGAUAUGUUACAGCCAGAGUAGAGUUUCCCGAUUCUUGUUCAGUCAAACAUGAAACUGAUGAUGAAAGCAUUUCCAAAGUAAAGACAGAUAGAUAUAUAAAUCAUCGUUCUCUUUGGUCAAUGAAUAGUUAUGAAUGGGUUUGUGAUCAAUUUGACCCAAAUAAGGCUGAAAUAUUGUCUAUUCCAAUGAAAAUAGAGAACGGAUCAUCCAAGGAAAUGUUAGAUGACCCGAACUAUUACCCAACAAGUGUCUGCAACAAUGUUUCUGAAUCAGAAGAAACCCCCAUUUCGAAAGUCAGACAAAAAACGAGGCCUGAAAAAUGUUUUUUGUGCGAGAUCUGUCGGAAAUCUUUUUCGAAAAGCUUCAAUUUACGUCGCCAUCUCCAAGCGCAUUUACUGAAACAAUCACAACAACCGUUCAGCUGUAAGAUUUGUGGCAAACGUUUCACGAGGUUGAAAAAUCUGAGAUUACACUUGAAAAACUCCCACGUGGAAGAAAGGUUCGAGACCAGGAGUGAGGAGUACCAGUGCUACCAUUGUGAGAAGGUAUAUCGGAAAAGGCGGCUCUUAGUGAUCCACAUGCAGAUCCAUAGGAAAAAGGUUUAUCAGUGUGGAAGCUGCACGAAAAGUUUCAGAUUAGAGAAAUCCUUGAUGUGGCAUCGUACAGUCCACUUGGAAAAAGAAUUCCGAUGUCCUCUUUGCGAGGACGUUUUUUUGAGUUUGCGCAAUUUGAGGAGACACAGGUUCCAGUUUCAUCUCUUCCAAAAGUACAAAUGUAAACAUUGCCCAAAAACCUUCGAAUCCCAGUCCGGUUUUGUCAAACACGUAAAAAGACAUUCACUGGAAAAAAUUCUCCAGCUUGCUGUAAGCAAGCCGGAGAGGUGGAGCAAAACUUGUAAGCGGUACCGCAUUUCUAAUAAAGGAGACCUCUUCUUAUGCGAAGUUUGUGGAUCUGUCUUUCGUUCACUAAAAUUUUUCGAGAGACACAAACAAUCACACAAAAAACAGUGCCAAUGCGAGUUCUGUGGGAGGCUAUUUGGUCAUAUGGAAACUCUUCAUCAUCAUUCACAGUUUCACACAGAAAGUGCCAAGUUCCAGUGCGAAAUUUGCGGCAAGAGUUUUUUGAUGAUGAGACAAUUUUUGCGUCACAGGAAAAUCCAUGCUCAAGAACCAUCAUCAUUUCUGUGUGAAACGUGUGGGAGAUCUUUCAAUACAAAAGAUGGUUUCUCUAAACACAGACGUAUCCACAGAAAAAAAGCUUACGAAUGUCUUGUUUGCGGUAUGAAUUUUUCCCUAGUUGAGUAUUACGAUGAUCACAUGAAACGUCAUAAAAAGCGCCCUUUCAAAUGUACUGUGUGUCCACUAGAUUUCACACAAGAUAAACACCUAAAGAGCCACAUGCAGACUCACGAAAAGAAACGUAUCUUGGAUCUGCAAAAGGACAAUUGGAGAGAUGUACCAUGUGGAACAACAGAGAAAGAAAAACGUAGUCAGCCACUCGUUAGUUCCAAAGAAAAUCUCGGCCAUCGCUGUAAAAUAUGUUUGAAAACUUUCCCCUUCAGAAGCGUCCUGAUCAACCACGAGAAGUGCCACUCCAACAACAAAUCUUUCAAGUGCCCCAUUUGCUUCAAAUUCUUGAAGACAAACCUAGAGCGGCACAUGAAAGUUCACUCAGAAGAGAGACCUUUCGAAUGUUCUGUCUGCAAGAAACGUUUUCGCAUAAGAGAUCAGAUGUACAAACACAUGAAAAUCCACGCUGUUGAUCCGACUUUCGUGUGCUCGAUAUGCUCCAAAGGGUUUUUCUCGAGCUUUGCUUUAGCACUCCACAGAAAGGUUCACGCUGGAAACGAGGAGUACCAGUGUAACGUAUGUGAAAAGAAGUUCUAUCAGAUGUCGCUAUUGGAAGAGCAUUUGAGACAACAUACAGGAGAGAAGCCCUUUCAGUGCGAGUUCUGCGAGAAGAGAUUUCGUAUCAAAGCGUUUUAUACUAGGCAUCAGAAGAAGAACCCUGAGAAAAAAUUGUUUCAUUGCAGCAUCUGUUCGAAACGGUUUUGUGUGGAGAGAGACCUCAAUGGACACCUGAAAGACCACGUAGGGUCUAAUUGCCCCGUUUGCAAGAAAGUGUUCAGUAACUUGUAUGACUUGCAGGUGCACACCAAGAUGCAUUGGGGAAAGAACAAAAUCGAGUGCGAUAUAUGCAAGGAAACAUUCACAUUGAAAAGCAGUCUCAAGCGGCACGCUCUCCUACAUACAGGAGAGAGACCAUUCAAAUGUAACUUAUGUUCGAAAUCUUUCCAACGCAACUCUCAUCUGAAGGGGCAUAUUGAGAUGAUUCACAGAAGGAAAAUGGUUUCUGGAAAGUCUGGAGCUUCUAAUGAGAAAUCACAUGAUGAUGAUAAACACAAGAGUAUUACAGAUGGAGAAUCGCCAGAAAAAAAGAAAGUGAUAAUCAGGGUAAUUUCAAAAAAAAGGAUUAGGGAAUUAUGACUUAGAUAAUUCAAAGAUAGUGUGGUUGGGUCUGUCUUAGCAAUUGUAAAGUAUUUUAAUUUGAUGAAAUAAGAAUGUAAAAAAUGUAAUUCAUUAUUCAAUUUAAUAAGAAAGUUGAUUCUCUUUC